AUGUCUGAGAACAUAGAUGCAGAGACUGUGUACGUGACGACACACGAAGAUAGUCGUGUCAUGUCGGAGAAAGUUCAGACUCUGGCAGGCUCCAUUUACAAGGAGUUCGAGAAAGUGAUAAAAAAAUACGACGAAGAUGUGGUGAAGGACCUGAUGCCGUUAGUUGUGGGCAUCCUUGAAGCUCUUGACGCCGCAUUCGGAGAAAAACAGGAGAUGGACGUGGAGAUCGAGCUGUUGCGAGAGGACAACGAGCAACUGCUAACACAGUAUGAGCGAGAGAAGCAGCUGAGAAAAGCAGCCGAACAGAAAUAUCUGGAACUGGAGGACAGCAUGGAGGGUGCCAGGAAAGAGCUGGAAGACAAGGUGGAAACUCUGGAGUCUAUUCUCCGCAUGUCAGAGAUCAAAUCCAAGAACACAGCAGAUCUAGUGAAUCGCUUAGAGGAACGGGAACAGGAAGCCAAGAAUGAAUACAACAAACUGCAUGACCGUUAUACUGAGUUGUUUCGAUCACACAUGGACUACAUGGAGAGGACAAAAGUUCUCCUGGGUACAGACAAACUGUCAGAGCUGACUGUCACUACAAGUCCUAGAGUUACGAAAGCAGGAUUCAACCUGCGCCCAGUCAACGUGACAUAUGGUAGCACCAUUGAACAUCAUCAUCAUCAUCACCAAGGCAUGACUGUGACUGUUGAUGGUGUCACACAGGCAGCAGGCAAGGGCAUCAGUCUCCACACUGAACUCAGUGGAGACCUGAGCAGAGACCAGGAGGGGCUGACUGACAGUAUCAACAUCACAGAGAGAGCCACCCACACACGGCUGAACCAAACCUUGGCUGAAAUAAUAGCUUCAACACCCGAGCUAGAGGAGUCUCACGACUCCCUGGGAUCGCUGGGACACUUGGACCAGCACCACAGUUCCACGCACAAUGACAGUUCUAUGUUUGAUGAGAUCCAGGCUACAGACAUUGCUGAAGUUGACUUUGCUGCAGGAAUUUCAGAUAGUGACAAAGAAGAUGAGGAGGAGGAUGAGGAAAGCAAAGACAAUGACAGAGAUUCCG